GUCAGUUCGGCAGGCCGACUAGCAGAGUCCAGGACCCUAGGAUUCGCUUCGUCCUCCGCGCUCCGAGGGCCCAAUCCCGCCGAAGCGUUUCCUCUCUCGACUCCUGGGCCAGCCGCCGAAAUGUCGACAAGUGGGCCUCCUCCUUCAGGUGCUGCCUCUGGCAGUAAUCGCCGACUUCAGCAGGCACAAAAUCAAGUAGAUGAGGUGGUGGAUAUUAUGCGAGUCAAUGUGGACAAAGUUCUGGAGAGAGAUCAGAAACUUUCUGAGUUAGAUGACCGCGCAGACGCUCUGCAAGCAGGGGCUUCCCAGUUUGAGACUAGUGCAGCCAAAUUGAAGAGGAAGUACUGGUGGAAGAAUUGCAAGAUGUGGGCGAUACUAAUUACUGUUGUGAUUGUCAUCAUCAUCAUCAUCAUUGUGUGGAGUGUUUCUUCAUGAACAGCCAGUGAAACCCAGGCCUGUGGUUUGAGAAGCGUCAUCAAGUCUUUUGACUUAAACCUGCUGUAUUAUCAAAUUUACGUACUGUUAUAUAUAAAACAAAAUUAUUUUUGUUGGUUAAUGUAAAGUUUGAUUUAUAGGAAAUUGCCUUUUUAAUAUAUAUAAUAUGCAUAUUAUAUAUAUAUACACACAUAUACAUGUUAUACUCCUAAUUAGAAAUGCCAUAGCCCAGUUCACAUUUUGUACAGUGCCUUGAUAAACUUAUAUAUGGACUGAUAAGGAGGACUUCUUAAGUUCCAGAGUUUUGUGACUUAGAAGUAAUAUUGCCAUUGACUUUCUGGAAACAGUUUAAAAAAUUAUCCAAGCCUGCUUUCCUCUUCACAUGAAUUUCAUGUUUUCUAUUCCACAUUUUAACCCAAUGAAUAAUCAGAUGUACAAUGUGUGCCUUCCUGAAAGAAAACUAAACUACUACUCAGCACAAAUCUGCCACAUUGAACAGGCUGUGCCUUAUUUUGAUAUUUUUCUGAUGCCUUAUUAAAUAUAAAUAUACCCACUAUCCUAUGUAAACACUACUGAAUGUUUUUUAUUGUUUUCACGGCAGAAAGUGAUAAAAUAUGAUGUUUAAUUCACCUUUAAAAGUUGGCAAAAGCACUUCCUCUGAGUCAUUGGUGAAGACGUGUGAGAUGUUUGCUUUCUCUACCAUUGUGGCCUGUCAUUUGAUGAGUAUAUGUCACUUUAGCCAGGAAUAAUUCCUUCAAAAACAUGACUUUUAUAGUACUGUGGAUAGUACCAAAAUUUUCAUUUUUGCCAAUACAUUAAAUUCAGUAAAGAUUCUCAGUUUGUUCCAGUUUGGACAUGUUUACCAUAGCAUAAGAAAGUGCCAAGUGGAAGUCGAAGUUCCAGGAGGAUUCAAAUAUUAAUAUUGUAUUCAAAUUUUGUAUGGCCUCACAAGACUUUCCUCCUUCAAAGUGCUUUAGUUACUGUGUUUCUGCUUGUGUUUUUCUCCUAUAAGCCAAACCAGAAUUGAAGUGGAGACUGACAACUUCUCUAUUCCUACACCAUAUUCUCCAUCUACAGUGUUUUAUCUGGUAGUCUACAAUAUGAACAACCACCUUUUUGGCAUGUCCCUAAGAAUUAUGUGUGAAACAACUUUGUGGCACCAAGUCAGAUUAUUCAUGACUUUGAUGGUUCUUGGCCCCAGUUACAGUUAGUUGUACAUUUUUAUUGUUAUUCCCAGUUCUCCCUCCAUUUCCCAAAUCAGACUUCUAAAUUAUGCUUUCUUUUUGCCCUUUGAGGUGGCCAGUGGCACUUUUUAUAUGGGAGAGCUGCACAGAGAAUUGGAUUUUUUUUUUCAUAUAACCAAUUGUGUGUCCAAAGGGUUACUUUGGAAGUAGCUACUAUUAUUUAUUUAUUUAUUAGUUAUUUCAGACUUUACCCGUCACGCAUACAUUUGUUACUCUUCUAAAAUACCCUAAGGCUUAUUCUGUGUUAGAACACAUGAUCUGAACUAGGGAUUAUAUGGAUAGACAAAAUAGCUACAGAAAAUCUCAGGACAAAACUGAGAUCUCAGCAUAAUGUUACUUGUUGUUCUGAAAUUGCAUAUAACGUUACAAAACUUGUGACAUGAAGGGCAGAUGAGAGUUUGGUUUUCUUAAUGUCUUUUCCUUUGCUUUCACUCAAUUAUUUUAUCUUUAUGUAGAAACAAUUUGUGCCUUGUACACCUCUAGCAGGAGAGCAAUUGUCGGUUUACCAAGUAUCACCAAUAUCUUUGCAGAGACUCCCCUGUCUGGUUGUAACUCGAACACUUUGGUGCUCUUUCCUUCACCUUGACAUCUAACUCCAUUUAACCUACUAGUUCCUGCCUUAAACCAGGAAUGCCUUACUUGUCUCUGACCAUGUGUAUAAACUGGAGCCCUCCCCUAUGUAAUGUGCCGAAUAAAAUGUUUAUGGAUGUAACACUA